CCCAGUCCCUUUUCCCGCUGCCCGCCAUGUCGCAGCAGAACACCCCUUUGAAGAAGCUCCAGGCGAGGAUCUUCCGUGGCCAGAACGGCGACGCAGACGGCGACGACAAGGCCACAAAGACUGGCGAUGGCGCCUCCGCCGCCGGCCUCACUAUCAACAUACCCAAUCCCGUCCUCACGGGCACUACACAGAACGGGCCCGAUCCGCCUAAGAUGCCCACGGAGCAGACGCCUCCCAAGCAGUCCCACCCGGACGUCGACACCAGGCCGUUCCGCCAGAGGAUCGCCGAGAAGCUCGGCGAAAACUAUCAUGGUACGGAGCGUUUCCGCCUAGAUCAGGACAACAAGAAGGAACGCCAUUGGAAGCGGUGGGGUCCUUAUCUAAGCGACAGGCAAUGGGCGACGGUGCGCGAAGACUACUCCGCGAACGGUGACGCUUGGAGCCACUUCCCGCACGAGCACGCCCGGUCGCGUGUCUACCGGUGGGGCGAGGACGGUAUCGCCGGCAUAUCCGACAACCAUCAGCGGGUCUGCUUCUCGCUCUCCUUGUGGAAUGGUGAGGAUCGCAUCCUGAAGGAGCGCCUUUUUGGCGUGACCGGGCACCAGGGAAACCAUGGCGAGGACGUCAAGGAGCUGUACUACUACCUGGACUCGACUCCGACCCACUCGUACAUGAAGUUCUUGUACAAGUACCCGCAGAAGGCCUUCCCGUACGAAGAGCUCGUCCGCGAAAACGUGAACCGCGACCGUGACGUCUCGGAGUUCGAAAUACUGGAUACGGAUGCGUUCGAUGAUGACCGGUAUUGGGACGUCUUCAUGGAGUACGCGAAAGACGAGCAGGACCCAGAGAGCAUCUACGUUCGCAUCACCUCCUACAACCGUGGACCCGAGCCCGCCACUCUUCAUGUGAUUCCCCAGUUCUGGUUCCCGAACACUUGGUCGUGGUCCGAGGACCAUCCUCCUAAGCCGUCAAUGUGGGCCUCGGGGGACGGCGUGAUCACGGCACAGCACUCUACCCUUGGAAAAUAUCAUCUGUACUGUCUUCCCUCGCCACCUCCUGUCAACAGCCAAGGGGAGCUCCUGGUGGGCGACAGCGGCGAACCUGAGGCGGUCGAGGCAGACCUGCUGUUUACUGAGAACAACACCAACUACAAUCGCUUGUAUGGUGGCAACAACGAGACACCAUACGUCAAGGACGCGUUCCACGACCAUAUCAUACCCUCGCAUCGUCCCAAAGGCGACGAAGACGGACAUCCUGGCUUCUUCCAUACCAAGAUCCGCUCCAGUUACGCGAGACAACAGAACGGACGCAAUGAUGAGACCCCCAGCUCUGAAGAGGAACAAGGCCCCCGCACCCCGUUCCCCGCUGGUCCGUCCUACGUCAACCCUGCCAAGCGUGGCACCAAAUCCGCGGCGCAUUACGUCUUUCACGAUGUACCCCCACGCGGAGGCUGCGCAGUCGUCCGCCUGAAGCUCACGCCCCGCACUCCCCGGACUGAUCCCAGCAUCGAGGACGAGGGUAUCUUCGAUGAGACGGUCGAAGAGCGGCGCAAGGAGGCAGACGAGUUCUACGCUGGGCUCGUCAUGGGCCCCAUCAGCGAUGAUCUCAAGCAAAUCAUGCGUCAGGCUCUGGCCGGUAUGUUGUGGACGAAGCAGUUCUACCAGUUCAUCCAAAAGGAUUGGCUUAAGGGUGACCCCGCUCAGCCUCCGCCACCGCCUGAGCGCAAGUACAUCAGGAAUAGGGAUUGGAAACAUUUGUACAUCGCGGACAUCCUGUCUAUGCCCGACAAGUGGGAAUACCCAUUCUUCGCCGCAUGGGACACAGCGUUCCACUGCAUCCCUCUCGCGGUGGUCGACCCAACUUUCGCGAAGAAGCAGCUCGAUCUGCUGACACGCGAGUGGUAUAUGAAGCCUGAUGGCCAGAUUCCAGCCUACGAGUGGAACUUUGGCGACGUCAACCCACCGGUGCACGCAUGGGCCACGUUCCGUGUGUUCAAGAUUGAGCGCAAGUUGUACGGCCGCGAGGACGUGCAAUUUUUGGAGCGCGUCUUCCAGAAACUGCUUCUGAACUUCACCUGGUGGGUGAACCGGAAGGACCAGGGCGGCAACAACGUGUUUGAGGGUGGCUUCCUGGGUCUCGACAACAUCGGCGUGUUCAACCGCUCGGAGCCUCUCCCCACUGGUGGCACCUUGCGCCAGGCCGACGGAACGGCAUGGAUGGCGUUCUACAGCUUGAACAUGCUGAGCAUCGCGCUGGAGCUCGCGAAGCACAAUGAGGUGUACGAGGACAUCGCGUCCAAGUUCUUCGAGCACUUCAUCUUCAUCUCAGACGCGAUGACGUUCCGCGGCGGGAGCGGGGACGACGACGAGUUCAGCCUGUGGAACGAGGAGGACGGGAUGUACUAUGACGCGAUCCAGUUCGACAACGGGCACUCGAUGCAGCUGCCGGUGAGCAGCUUGGUGGGGCUGAUCCCAUUGUAUGCGACGCUCGUGCUGGAGCCGGCGACGGUGAAUCGGUUUCCGGGAUUCAAGAAGCGUUUGGAGUGGUUCAUGGAUAACAGGCCGGAGAUGUCGGAGCGGAACAUGGCAAACAUGAAGGCGCGUGGUCGUGGCGAGCGUCGCUUGUUGGCUCUCGCGAGCAAAGAACGCUUGGUCAAGAUCUUGGAGAAGAUGCUUGACGAAGACGAGUUCUUUAGCGAGCACGGGAUCCGCUCGCUGUCCAAGAGACACAAGGAUCAUCCUUGGGGGAUGGACGUUAAUGGCGAACGGUAUGAAGUGAACUACUGGCCGGGAGACUCCAAGUCGGGCAUGUUCGGCGGGAACUCGAAUUGGCGUGGUCCCAUCUGGCUCGCGGUCAACUUCCUCCUCAUCGAGAGUCUGCAGCGCUUCUAUCAGUUCUACGGCGACGACGUUCAGGUGGAAUGCCCGACGGGGAGCGGAGAUUACAUGAACCUGGUGCAGGUCGCAGAAGAGAUCCAGCACAGGAUUAUCCACAUCUUCGGGCGAGACGUGGAGGGCAAGCGCGCCGCCAACGGCGGCAAUCCCAAACUCGACCACGACCCGCACUUCCGCGACUAUGUCUGGUUUUAUGAGUAUUUCCAUGCGGACGACGGGAGGGGUCUUGGGGCGUCGCAUCAGACGGGAUGGUCCGGACUGGUGGCGUAUCAUAUCUUGCAGAGCGGGGCGACAUGCAGGCUGCCCAGAACCCCAAAGACUCCUCGCAGUCUUGCGCACCAUUACUUCGAUGACACCAUGGACCCGCAGUCAGAGUAUGGCGACGAGACGCAGUCGCUGUACAGCGCAUACAGCGCGGCGGACUUGAACACUCUUGGUGAUAUAUCCCCAGAUGCCUUAUAGGCGCAUAGAGCUAGAGCUCCGGCGCCGUUCCCAGCGUCCCCACAAGCCUCAUCAUACACGUACAAGUUCUCAACGAUUCUUAGAUUCUCAUAUAGCAUUCCUGUCUCCCUCUGACUCCCAGAUCCUGUACCUCGGAUAGCGCCGCAUUAUGGCUAUAGCAUGCCCUCGCGUCAGCAUGAGACAUCGCAUCAAUUUGUAUACGUAGAAACAUGGUUCAGGCAUUCACGGAUGGGCGCAAUACAUAGACU